CUUCAGCUGGCUGUAGGAAAAUUCCUAAGCUACUAUUUAUAUCAUCACAUUCUUUGCUCAUGUAUCUUCACUCGUCUGUGCAAGAACUGCUUAAUCACACAUCAAAUUCAGUGGUUUUGGUUGCUUUUGCUUGAGUAUGGAUCAUAAGGGGACUAUAGUGAUGCAAAAAUACGAGUUGGGGCGGUUAUUAGGCCAAGGCUCGUUCGCGAAAGUCUACCACGCUAGGUGCGUGGAGACGGGGCAGAGCGUGGCCAUCAAAGUAGUAGACAAGGCCAAGGUCUGGAAGGCCGGGAUCAUGGAUCAUAUCGAGCGGGAGAUCUCUGUAAUGAGGCGUGUUAGGCACCCGAACGUCGUCCAUCUCUACGAGGUCAUGGCCACCAAGUCCAAAAUCUACUUUGUGAUGGAAUACGCGAGGGGAGGCGAGCUCUUCCGCAAGGUGGAGGCGAACGGGAGGCUCCCGGAGGAUGUUGGGAGGAAGUACUUCGUGCAGCUGAUCGACGCUGUCGAGUUCUGCCACGGGAGAGGCGUGUGCCACCGCGACCUCAAGCCCGAGAACAUUCUGUUGGACGAGGAUGGGGGGAUUAAGGUGUCGGAUUUCGGAUUGAGUGGCGUUGCUGAAUGCAGGGGAGCGGAUGGAUUGCUCCACACGACGUGCGGCACCCCUGCCUACGUUGCGCCAGAGAUCAUCAGGAGGAGCGGGUACGAUGGGGCCGGCGUGGAUGUGUGGUCGUGCGGGGUCGUGCUCUUCGUGCUCUUGGCCGGGUACCUCCCGUUCCACGACUCGAAUGUGAUGGAGAUGUAUAGGAAGAUCAGCAGGGGAGAGUAUAGGUUUCCUAGCUGGUUUUCUCCUAAACUCAAGAAGCUCAUUUCAAGAAUGUUGGAUCCGAAUCCUAGUACUAGAAUUUCCAUUGCAAGGAUCAAGGCAAGCUCAUGGUUCAAGGCGGGGAACGAGGGGGGACCGGUGAAGGUCAAGUCGGAUGGGGGGGAGGCGAGGCGGCUUUUGAAGAUGAACGCGUUCGACAUCAUAUCGUUGUCGGAUGGGCUCGAUCUGUCGAAAUUGUUUGAGACGGGGUCUUGUUUGGACAAGGAAUGUCGGAUCAUGUCGCGCAAGCCCGUGCCCGCCAUCGUGACGAGGCUCGAGAGGGCGGCCAGGGCUGCGGAGAUGAGGGUGAGUAAGAAGGACGGGGGCUUGAUCGAACUCGAGAGGUCGAAGGAGAGCCGAGACGGGGUUUUGUCGAUUGAAGCGGAGAUCUUCGUGGUCACUCCGGCUCUCCACUUGGUGGAGGUGAGGAGAAGAUGUGGAGACGCGGCGGAGUACGAGAAGGUGUUGAACGAGGUUAUAAGGCCUCGUCUUGUUGACAGUGCAAGGUCAUGUCUUGUUGACAGUGCAAGGUCAUCAUAAGUAGGACGGAUGAAAUAUAUCGCAAUUUUGUAUAUUAGCCAACAACGAAACUAAGGUUUAGUUGGCCAUCUUAAAAAAUAGCUUAGCUAUAUGGCCUGAAAUAAUAUACUAUAAUAACCUAAUUUUAUUAUAUUUGUUUAUUUGA